CUUUAGUACUCUUUCAGUUACACAGUACAUACAAAAUGUCAUCUGUAUGUCUUAAUAUAUACAACAAAAUUUUACUUAGAAAUGUCAGUUAUAUUUCUUGCACUGUUAGAAAACAAAGUGGAUAUGUACUUUCAGUGACUUUAACAAAAAAAUAUGCUGGAAUUGACAUAACACAGUCAAAUCCAAGAGAAUUUUGUACAGGAAGAAAUAGAUACAGUGCAGCAGGAAAAUUAGCUCAAAAUCAGAAGCCAGACUGGAAUAAAGCAGUGUCAGAAGCUGAGAAAAUUGUGGGCUAUCCAACCUCAUUUUUGAGCUUGAGAUGGCUUUUAAGUGAUGAAAUUGCAAAUGUGGCUCUUCAUUUGCGUAAACUGGUCGGUUCAAAUCAUCCUUUAUUGAAAACUGCAAAGAGUCUGUUAUAUAAUGGCCGCAACAACAUGCAGGCAUGGGGACUUAUUGUGCUACUUAUUUCCAAAGCGGCAGGACAUCUUAAUGUGGAAGACAUGGAGGAGGACAAAGCAGCUGGAGUUUUGCACAGUCAACGAGCACUUGCUGAAGUUACAGAAAUGAUUCGAACCAGUCAUUUGGUUCAUAAAGGAAUGGUGAACAUCUAUCCUGGGCUGUAUCCUGAACCAGCUAUACUGAAUGACAUGACAUUUGGAAAUAAAAUUGCAUUGCUGAGUGGUGACUACCUGCUGGCAAAUUCUUGUACUGAACUUGCAGGUUUACGAAACCAAGAUUUGGUUGAACUUAUGAGUAGUGCUAUUCGUGAUUUAGCCGAAGGAGAGUUUGUAGGUCGCCGAGAUCAACAAAACAAUCCUCUGCCAUCCCCAGAUGGAGUGUCUGAUGCUGCUGAAGACUGGACACUUCGUAAUGUUCUUUCUGCAGGAAGCCUUCUUGGAAAGUCAUGUCAAGGGACACUCAAACUUGCUGGCCAUGGGACAGAGCUGCAAGAACAGGGCUACAAGUUUGGGAAGCAUCUUGCUCUGGCGUGGCAGGCCUGUCUUGACUUAGAGCCGUUCAUUGCUGGAUCACAGUAUGUGUCUGGUUCAGUCUUCAACCUCACAUCAGCUCCAGUUCUGUUUCAUUUGGAGCAUGAUCCUAAUUUAUUCAGUGAGAUUGAUAAGGGGGCAGAGUCUGUGCAGAAUGUGGACUAUGACAAGGUCCAUAGUAUAGUGUCAAAAGGUCCUGGCAUUUCUCAGACGAAGCAACUUCAGAAGAAACACUCACAAAAGGCAAUGGAAGUUCUUCAAGUGUUCCAGGAAAGCGACGCCAGAACGGCGCUGUCGAACAUCAUUGUGGCAAUGGGAGAUUUGUGAAAACAUAAUUUGUGGCCUAUUUGCUAUAGUCCAUAUGCUUUAUGCAAUACGGCCAGCAUGUGAUAAAAUUUACAUGCAACGACGGAGUGUCUAGAUAGCGAAAUAUAUCUCUUUGGUGAAUGUGUGAUACAUUUUUAUAGGAAAACAAGGCAGGAGAAAAAUAAAUAAAAGGAAAACCUGUCAUUAUAAGAUAUUAGUUGCUUUAAAAAUCCACCUUCUGCUCCAUUUUGAACGAAGGAGGCAUAUUUGAAAUAUGUUUUCUCUGACCAUUGUUUCUGUAUUUACCUGUAAUAAUUUAAUUUCUUUGAGACACAUGCAUGAUUGAGCAGCAUUGUGUGGAUUUAAAAUGUUGUACCUGCAUAAACCAAAUUCUCAGUCAUUGAACAUGAUCUUUAUAUUAUUCAUGUUGAAAGUUAACAAACAUCAUCUACAAUUGUCAGACAUAAUUUCGUAUGUUUUUAUAUCAUUGAUUGGGUUAGGUUGGGUCAUGU